GUUCAUCUCCACCUUACUACCGCCCUAAUUUGAUCUUUCGUGUCCAAUCUCCUGAUGCGGCCGGUCAAGCCCCAAGUCAAAUUCCACGCUGCCGCUGUGACAGGGGAUAUACAGUGGUAUUUGUCGUGCGCAGUUCUUUGACGCUCCCCCCUCUCUCCCCCUCCAACAGUCCAUGAGCCUGGAUGAAGCGUCCGCGGUGACUCAGAUUCACGAACAAAUCGCCGCUCACAUAUUUGGGAUCUCGAUACUAUAUUGGGACCAUAUCAUCACGCUUGGUGCGCACACCUUCUGUUCGAUGCCUAUGAGAUGCGAUAGAGCCACCACAGACGCUGAGAUCCACCUCUUCUGGCCGCGUUGGAGCAGCCGCACGACGCACCUGUUUUUCCUCAACCGCUAUUUCGCGUUUCUAGGCAACGUCUGGGUCGGUGUGCUCCCGUUCUUGGAGCUUUCCCCGGAGGUGCAUGCGAGUCAACAGUCUCUGCACGUGUUCUCGAGCGACUCUCGCACGUCAAGUACUGCUGUUGGUUACGCAACUCAUCGUGUUCGGUCAGUUCUCACCAUGUCAUACGGAGAUCUGGCUCGCCUUGACGAGGCAACUGCCGCAGUGGUCAUGAUCCUGAGGAUGUAUGCGCUAUACAAUCGGAGCGCCUGGGUCGUUUCCGUCCUGGGAUCGAUCGUGCUCCUGCUGGGUGGGCUUGCAAUCUGGGCAGUCACGACCCAAGAAAACAUCCCACCGGUGACACUCCGCGGAUGUCACAUCCCGAUCUCUGCAAGCAGCGCGAGAAGGCUAGCAGCACCCUGGCAGGGUCUCUUCCUGUUCGACAUCACGGUACUCGGUAUGACCUUGCUUAGUGGGUACCGUGCGCACCGGCGGUCCCCUGGGGCUAUGCCCUUGCAUGACCUAUUCGUCAAAGACGGAGCGUUGUUCUUUGGGUGGGUAGCCUUAAACUUUGGGGUUCUGCGUUUCCCCCUUGCUGAUGCACUCCAAUCAAGCGCGAUCGCUAUGGCCAAUUUGUCUAAUAUAUUGACUUUCUAUUUCGGUGGCCCUCUCUUUCGCGGAAGCCUUUCGACCUUUGCCAGCAGCGUUUCGGCAACCAUGACAUCCCGGCUCAUACUCAACCUCCACGCGCAGGGCCGCGCCGUGUUCUCCACGCCCUCCUCCAACUUCCAGCUCGAGGUGUACCCGGAACCCAAUCGUGCCUACGCACGUGAUGACGAUAUACUGGGCCAGGACCAGCUGCUGAACGCAGCGGCGAUGCCGUUCAACGAGCUCUGGUCUCGCAUGGAGCGGCGCAGCGGCCUCGUGUCCGCCUCCGCCUCCGGUUAAGAAAACAACGAAAGAAUAUUUGAUGAGACUGCGCGCACUAUAAGGGUUGUUUGGUCAGGCUUUCACGCACACGCUGAGCCGGCGUCGUCACGUGUGGAGCUGAUUGUGCGGCGGUUGCCGGUGGGCUCUUAAACGCUGAGGGCAGGAAUGUGUCCCCGUUGCCAUGAAUCUCUUACUUCAGCACUGGAGCCACACUUAGAAUCGGCGAGGAAUGACGGGAUUGGGAUGAGCAUAGGGAGACCCGAAGCUGAUUCGACCAAACUCUUCCCGAGGUCAAACUACGCACCUCGUGAAGUACGACGAACGCAUUCGUCGGAAGAGUGACCGGAAAAGCGGAACUUGGUCUUAGACAAAAACACAGGCAGUGAGAUUUCUGCACAUCUUGCAGAUGUUAGAUCGUCAAUAGAACAUCAAAGAUAUUCUCUACCGUUCUCCAUGACGAUCAAAA